AUGCCGCAUCUUGAGGAGCACAACUUCUCAGCACCCGCUGAGGUGCAUUCGUUCUCAGCAUUGCUCUUUGAUAUGGAUGGCACGAUCAUCGACAGCACCAAUGCCAUCGUCAAACACUGGCAUCAAAUCGGCAAGGAAAUCGGCGUGGAUCCUGAAGUCAUCCUUGCCACUUCUCAUGGAAGACGCUCAAUCGACGUGCUGGAGAUCUUGGAACCAAAGCUCGCCAACUGGGAGUUCAGCGCCGAGCAAGUCGCAAAGGGCAAGCCAGACCCAGCGUGCUACAAGCUGGGCGCACAACGACUGAACAUCACCAGCGAUGAUGUUCUAGUGCUCGAAGACGCUCCCGCAGGCGUGCGUGCGGGUAUAGCGGCGGGCUACAAGGUAGUCGCAUUGGCAACCACGCAUACAGUGCAGCAAUUACAGGAAGCCGGCGCGACCUGGAUUGUGCGUGACAUGCGCAGCGUGACGAUGAAGAACUUUGACAAGAAGACUGGUCGAGUCGAGAUAACCAUCGCGGAUGCGUUGGUCCAGUAG